AUGGGCUCCGGCGAGGACAACCCCGGAGGAACCGGUGGAGGAGUCGGCGGGAUAGUCCGGGGUGCGGUGCUGAAGGCGCUCGUCGUCUUCGGCGGCGUUAUUCUGAUCCGGCGGCUGCGCCGCUCCACCACCCGGUGGGACCACGCCCGCGCCGUCGCCGACGCCCUCUCUGGUGAAAAGUUCUCGAGGGAGCAGGCGAGGCAGGAUCCUGGAAACUAUUUCAACCUUAGGUGA